AUGGAGCUGCAUCAGGGACUUCAUAGAGGGAAAAGUAGGCUUCCAAAAGAGGAUACAUCUUCAUCACAUAAAAAGCAACGAAAACAGUGGAAUGAUAAGCACAUUGUAUUUGGAUUCUUCCGGCCAAUACAUGAAGCUUCAAAUCCCUUCCCACCAGAUGACACACACAUCGUUCUUCAUAUAAAAAAGCCAUUCACUGAACUUGAAAAUGUUGUACUGUCGUGUCUUGAAGUAGCAGCUGACCUUAUACGUGGAGAGAAAGAUGCAGUGAAGAAAGUGAAGCAGAUUCUGUUGUCUGAUACUACAAUAAGUCGUCGAUCUGUGAUGUUAGCAGAUGACCUGAUGGAACAGCUUGUUAAAAAAUUGCGUCUAGCAGCUUCGUUUGGCAUUCAACUGGAUGAAACCACAGAUAUAGGAGAAGCACAGCUGAUUGUUUACAGUCGGUUUCCUGACUUAGAAGAGAAAACCAUUGUUGAACAUUAUUUGUGCUGCCUCCAGCUGGGCGUAGAAACAACAACAAAUAACAUUUUUCAGGAACUUCAUGCUUUCAUUAUUGAAGAGGGCAUUGACGUGUCAAAAUCCAAGUUUGUUGCUACUGAUGGUGCAAAAACUAUUGGUCGGUGCAAUCAAUCGCGUUGUGAAGAAAAUCCAAGCGGUCUCACCAAAUUCUAUCGCAAUUCACUGCGUGAUUCACAGUUUCACAUAUUUGACUCAUUUAUGAGGGAAUGUAGCUGGGAACAUGGUAUGCAGGCAACAGAGCAGACACUGGAGGUACAUAUGUCACACUUAGUUAUCAGUCACCUUACUCUAAUGCAAGAAAACCUUGACUUCUAUUUCCCAGACAGUGAGAAUGACCAGCUGACCUCCAACAUGUGGAUGCUUUAUACCUUCACAGAUGAAGGAACUGAUAAUUGUGAUGCUCUUUUGGAGCUUCGAGCGGAUUAUUCACAAAAAGCCGUUUUCAAGACAUUUACCCAUCCCAUGGAUUUCUGGGUUACCCUGCUUGAUAUCCCAGAGUACAAGGAUCUAGCUGAGCAGGCAAUAGCCAUAUUUGUACAGAUGCCAACAUCAUAUUUGUGUGAGCAAGGGUUCUCCAGUUUAGUUUUGGUGAAGACAAAGAAAAGGAAUGCAAUUCUGAACUUGGAUCCUCUCAUGCCAGUUGCACUUGAAAAUCGUUUGACACCUCGAUUCAACCUAAUAGCAGACAAAGUGCAACAGCAGACAAGCAACUGA